UGAUGAGACGCGGGCGGAGUUAACAACAACCACUGAGAGGAGAAAUAGUGGAAAAGAUAGGCUAAUGUAGGCUACUGUAAAUAUCAAACCAUACUUGGCCGGCCAGUGUUUAGUGGGGACUAGGGAAUGGUUAUCAGCGCGCCUGGAAACGAUGCAACUUUAUAAUGUGCAGUAGUAGCUUUCAAAGUUUAGAGGUCAAGUUUACAGAAGAGAAGCUUGGACGUUGUAAACGCAGAAGACCGUCAUGAUGACGAAUGAGAAUCUGCGGCAGAAACAAUGUUUCCACUCUGCAUCCUAGGAUCAUCAAUUACGCGCGUGUGUAUACGUAUUAUUUCAAGAAUGUGUGUAAUGCAAAAAGAUAAACCAGAGACUAGAGUGCGAGUACCCUAACGACUCUGUCCAAGUGCACUCUAAAAUCAGUAAAAAUGCACGCAGUUACCAGCCUCUCAAUGGUCAGUUUGCUAAGUUUUGGCUACCUAUCCAUGGACUGGAUCAAGCCGAAUCAAGUGGAGGAGCACACUCAAAACGAUGCCUCUAUUACGUUUGCGCCUAAGCAACCACCACACAUUAUAUUCAUACUGACGGAUGACCAAGGCUUCAAUGACAUAGGUUAUCACAACCCGGACAUUCGGACUCCAACUCUGGACAAACUGGCCGCGGAGGGGGUGAAGCUGGAGAAUUACUAUGUUCAACCUAUCUGCACUCCGUCACGCAGUCAGUUGAUCACGGGCAGAUACCAGAUCCACACAGGCCUCCAGCACUCUAUCAUCCGGCCUCGCCAGCCCAACUGCCUCCCCCUGGACAUGACCACGCUCCCACAGCGGCUGCAGGAAGCGGGGUACGCUACUCACAUGGUGGGCAAAUGGCACCUUGGCUUCUACAGGAAGGAGUGUCUGCCCACGCGCCGAGGCUUCCACAGCUACUUUGGCUCUCUGACGGGCAGCGUGGACUACUACACGUAUGGCUCCUGUGACGGACCAGGCCUGUGUGGCUACGACCUCCACGAGGGGGAAACCGUGGCCUGGGGCCGUGGAGGCAAGUUCUCCACCCACCUCUACACGCAGAGGGUACGCAAGAUCCUAUCCACUCACGAUCCGUCCCGCCAGCCUCUGUUCAUGUUCCUCUCCCUCCAGGCUGUCCACACGCCCCUUCAGUCACCCAAGGCCUACAUCUACCCCUACCGCGGGAUGGGGAACGUAGCCAGAAGGAAGUACGCAGCCAUGGUGUCCAUCGUCGACGAGGCUGUACGCAAUGUCACCUACGCUCUGCGCAAGUACGGCUACUACCGCAACAGUGUGCUCAUCUUCUCCACUGACAACGGUGCCCAGCCGUUCACUGGGGGGAGUAACUGGCCCCUGCGAGGGCGUAAGGGGACCUACUGGGAGGGAGGCAUCCGUGGGGUGGGCUUCGUACACAGCCCCCUGCUGCGUCACAAGCGGAGGGUUUCCAAGGCCCUCUUGCACAUCACUGACUGGUACCCAACCCUGGUUGGUCUGGCUGGGGGUAACGUGUCACAGACUGAGGGUCUUGACGGCUACAAUGUAUGGCCAACUAUCAGUGAGGGCAGGGAGUCCCCACGCCUGGAGAUCCUCCAUAACAUUGACCCACUCCACCGGCGCUCUGGCCUGGCGUCUGGGUCUGGACAGCAGGCCCAGCAUGUGUGGGACACUUCGGUCCAAGCUGCCAUCCGGGUGGGGGACUGGAAGCUGCUAACAGGGGACCCGGGCCAUGGAGACUGGGUCCCACCACAGGUACUGGCCAACUUCCCAGGCAGCUGGUGGAACCUGGAGCGGAACACUGAGGGAACAGGGAAGUCUGUGUGGCUCUUCAACAUCACAGGAGACCCCUAUGAACGCAGUGACAUGGCUGUGCAGAGGCCUGAUGUGGUCAAGAAGCUGCUAGAACGUCUGGCCUACUACAACUGCACUGCCGUCCCUGUUAGGUUCCCCACCGACGAUCCCCGGGCCAAUCCAGACCGCAACGGGGGGGCCUGGGUACCCUGGGUCGGGGGGGACGAGGACGAGCCGAAAUGGAACGGGGUUUAUAAGAAAGGGAGGAAUAAAAAGAAGAAGAAAUGCAAGCUGUGCAAACUGAGAUCCUUUUUCAAGAAACUGAAUACAAGGAUAAUGUCCAAUAGAAUAUGAGGUGGGAAAGUCAAUGACACUCAGUCACAAGUAGCCUAUACAUUUUACACUGCAAGAGUAAUCUGAGCCAGCAAACACGUUGUGUGUGUGUGACAAUGGAAAAUGAUGUUUACUAUCCUGCAUCUCGUUGAGUGUGCUGUCAUAUGUUUUUUGGAUGUAGGACUAUUGGGUUCUAUUGUGUUUAUAAAAUGUUCUAUUUGAUCCACUUGUAGUGCGUAGCUAAGUGAAUUCAACAUGUUUAUGUUGACCUACUCACUUGGGGUUAUUUCAGCAGUAGUGACAUGAACUGACCUGUUUUACUUUUCUAUAUUUUUGAAAACAUCUAAGUUAAUUCAACAGAAGCUAAUGGGUGAUUCCUCGUGAACAAAACAAGCCCAUGAUUUUGGGGACUUUCAUAUCAUUUAAUCGAUAGAAGAGUCCUUUGGAGGAAGGAUUGUUGACAUGUAUUUGACAUUUGUAUCUUUUUUGGCCUUACCUGGGCCUCCUUUUAAAGCUGUGAUCAGCGAUAGGCAAAACAGAGCCAUUGGCCGCACCAAGCGCAUUUGUUUUGUAAAAAAAAACAUUUGUAAAUCAAAUCAAAUGUAUUUAUAUAGCCCUUUGUCCAUCAGCUGAUAUCUCAAAGUGCUGUACAGAAACCCAGGAUGCAGGUGUAGAAGCACGGUGGCUAGGAAAAACUCCCUAGAAAGGCCAAA